AUGCCUCGAGGUCAGCAAAGUAAGCUCCUUGCACGUGAGAAACGCCGCAAGGCCCGUUGUCAUGCCAAGGUUUGUAGGUCUGAUGAGGAAAUGUUAAUGAUAGCUGAAGAGGGUGCGUCAUCCCCUGUGAUGCCGGUGGCUGAGUCCUGUAGCACUCCCCAGGGAGUUAGGGAAGUCCCAUCUGCAGGAGCUACUGUUGGUGCUGUUUCAACCCCACAAUCUACUGGCCAUACUAAUGAAGAUGUUUCUGCUACAACAUCUUCUGCCUCUACUGAUGUGUGUGCCUCUGCAACACCUUAUAUGGAUCCUACUAAUGAAAUUGCUUCUGAAACACCAUCUAUAUCAUCAGAUGAGGCUGUUUAUGCAGCAUUGUCUACUGAUGCUAUUGUUAAACUACAACAGGAGCUCCAAGAAAGCCCUUCUGAGACAUCUUUCUGUAGUGAGUUCUCACAUCUAGAUCUUAUAUCCAGAGAGAUUCGCGUCCUGGAGAAGUUCAUACUCUCCAAGUUUAAUCUGAAGAGGCUCACUACCAAGGAAGAAAUGUUGAACACCAUUGACCCAGACUGUGAAGGGGAUUUUGAUGAGAUCUUCAGGAAAACCUGUGAGCACCUCUCCGCUAUCUUUGCAGUUGAAGUGAGAGAAGUAAGCCAUGAAACAUUUAAUCUUGUGAGCAAACUGAAACUGCCCAACAAUGGGAGAGUUCGUCCUGGCAGAGGCUAUCCCAAAACUGGUUUUGUGAUGAAUAUCCUAGGUAUGAUAUUAUUGAAGGGCAACUGUGCUGCCGAGGAAGACAUCUGGAAAUUUCUAAAGGUGAUGCAAAUAUACCCUGGGAAGAAGCACUAUGCCUUUGGAGAGCCCAAGAAGCUCCUCACGCAAGAUUUGGUGAGGCUGAAGUACCUGGAGUACCGGCAGGUGUCCAACAGUGAUCCUCCACGCUAUGAGUUCUUGUGGGGUCCUCAAGCCUAUGCUGAAACAAGUGAGAUGGAAGUCUUGAAGUUUUUGGCCAAGAUUAAUGAACUUGCCCCUCCUUUCUUUGCUUCUAUUUGUGACGAUUCUGUGUACGAAUAG